AAAACGGAAAUCAAAAGAAAAAAAUAACGACGAAAUGUCUCAAAUGCCAGAAGGAGAUGGUAAGUUUGAAGAUGAAUAUGGCUAUGAUCCAAUGAAUAUGGAUGAAUACGACGAUGGACAACUCGACGGUACUGCCGGUCCCUCAUAUAAUCCUCAGUCAAGUUACGGUAUAAGAGAAGCUGGUGGUUAUGAUGAAGGUUUCUUUUCAGGGCCUGUACAUCAACAGCAUCAUAAAGGCGAUUUUCCUGAUGAUUUUGAUGAUGAGGAUUUGAAAUGA